AUGGCGACUUUACUUCAAACGGACGUUUCGGCGGGUCCUGGGAUUCUUCAGGAGUCCGUCCGCAAGAUUCGACCGCCUCUGCGACCGCACCAGCAGCGGUACCAACAGGGCCUAGAUAUAGACCAGGAGGACCCGUCAGGGAAGGCGGCAGACGCGGGUACCAGGGGGGUCGACAUUGCGGAGUCCGACACCGGGGGUCCUUCAUUACUGCGGGCUGCUACCGUUUUGGCGGGUGCCCUAUCUCGUACGGCAGCCCAGGUAGCCAUUCACCCUCUUGACACGCUCAAGACCCGGAUGCAGGUUCGGUUGCCUGCACCUCAGUUACGAGUGUGGCGAGCUGUUAUGUCGUGUCCUGCCACCCGCCCCCGGGCCGUCGCUGCCUGGGCCGGCGCCGCGGGUGUGCGGGACCUGCUGCUGGGGCUGGGGGCCUCCGUGGCCGGGGUGCUGCCCUCCUCAGCUUUGUACUUCGCAGUGGAGCCGCGAAUUCGCGGCUGGCUGGGUCGAGUGCUGGGGGCAGACAAGGAGGCUCCUAUGUGUCGUCUGGCGGCCUCCGCCGCCGCCGCCUCAUUGUCGGCCUUCAUUCGGGUACCUGCUGACGUCAUCAAGCACCGAGUCCAGAUUGUCAUUCAGUUUACUGUCUACCGUCAACUGAAGGACAUGAUGGAGCGCAGGAACGCUGAUGGCGGCGGCGGCGGCGCAGCCGCUGCCGCCACCGUGUCAGCGCCGAUGUUGGCGGCGGCGGCGGAGCAUUUGGUGCUUGGUGGUGCCGCCGGCGCCGUCGCCACACUGGCGACCACGCCGUUGGACGUCAUUAAGACGCAGCUGCAGUGCGGCUCGGCGACGUCGGUGCCGGCGGCGGUAGCGCAGGUGCUACGUGCGAGCGGACCCGCGGGCCUGUUUGGCGGGCUGACGCCACGGCUGCUGCAGGCGACACUCUGUUCGGCACUGUUUUUUAUGUGCUUCGAGGCGAGCAAGGCGCACCUGGGUGGUUUCGACGCCACGGCGGCGCCGGCGGGGACGCAAAUGCAGCCGCCUGCAGUGGCAGCGACGGCGGCAGUGGCGUUGACGCCUGAGGCGGCGCCGGUCCUGCGGCCGUUGGCGCAUGGCUGCUUGAUGCCACCGCCGCUGCUGCCGUCGGCGUCGCUGUGGCAGCGUCGGUCAGAAUGGCCAUGGCGCAGUGACGGCGUUGACGGCCGCAGCGGCGGCGCCGCCGCCACGACCGCCGCUGCGAGCACGCAUUGUUGGUCUGGCGGCAGGCCGCGGGGCACUGGCGGCGCGUUGACACCGGUUGCAAUCUACGCAUACGCUUAUGCGGGUGCAGCGGCGCCGGCGGCGGCAAUUCACCGUUGA